AUGACUUCCCGAACCCCCAUGUCAAACCUCUCCGUGAACAACCUGUUCAAUGUCAACGGCAUGGUAGCAGUCAUCACCGGCGGCGGGACAGGCAUCGGCCUUAUGAUGGCCAGAGGCCUCGCCGCCAACGGUGCCAAGCGAGUCUACAUCCUCGGCCGUCGUGCCGAUGUCCUCUCCGCCGCCGUCCGAGCCAACCCCGAGGGGGGCAUCAUCGUCGCCAUCGUCUGCGACGUCACCGACAAGGCCUCCCUGCAAAAGUGCGUGGACAAGAUCACGAACGACGUCGGCUACAUCAACCUGUUCGUCGCCAACUCUGGCGUCCUGGGUCCCUCCAACAAGUGGGACACCAGCCUCCCUCUUUCGGAAGUCCGCAAGAACCUGUUCACCAAUUUCCAGAUGGAGGAGAUGACUAGUUGCCUUAACACCAACGUUACCGGCGCCUUCUUCUCCAUGGUCGCCUUCCUUGAGCUGCUGGAGGCGGGCAACAAGAAUGCUGUCGAGAAGGGAGGGUUCGGCGAGCCGGUCAGACCCGGGAGUGAUGUCCCCUCUGUUCAGAGCCAGAUCAUCGUGACGGCUAGUAUCGCGGGAUACAGCCGGAAGACGGUGUCGACACCGGCUUAUGGAAGUAGCAAGGCGGCUAUGAUCUACUUGACCAAGCAGGCGAGCUCGGCCUUGGCUCCGUAUGGUAUUCGGGCGAAUGCACUGGCUCCGGGGUUGUUCCCUUCGAAGCUCGCGGCCGGACUUAUCGGAAACCGUGAUCCCGGGAGUGAGUCCUUUGAAAGUCCGCACUUUAUCCCUGCUAGAAAGUUUGGUGGAGAGGAGGAGAUGGCUGGCACUGUUCUUUACCUUGCGAGCCGGGCCGGAAGCUUCUGCAACGGUCUGAUUCUGGUCAACGAUGGUGGGCGGCUGUCGAUCAUUCCGUCCUCGUACUGA